CUGUCGCGCUACUGCCCCUGAUUUUCGGCGUCUGAAACCCGCUCGGUCUCUCCGUACGGCACUAAAGCUGAAGACGAAACAUGCCGGCCAAAGGUCCUCUGCAGUCUGUCCAGGUUUUUGGACGUAAAAAAACGGCAACCGCUGUUGCUCACUGCAAGAGGGGGAAUGGCCUUAUCAAGGUGAACGGCAGACCCCUCGAGAUGAUUGAGCCAGCCACUCUCCAGUAUAAGCUGCUGGAGCCAGUGCUGCUGUUGGGCAAGGAGCGUUUCGCCGGUGUUGACAUCCGGGUCCGGGUGAAGGGGGGUGGACAUGUCGCACAGAUCUAUGCCAUCCGUCAGUCAAUCUCCAAAGCCUUGGUUGCAUACUAUCAGAAAUAUGUGGAUGAAGCGUCCAAGAAGGAGAUCAAGGACAUACUGAUCCAGUACGAUAGGACCCUGUUGGUGGCUGACCCUCGUCGCUGCGAGUCCAAGAAGUUCGGUGGACCUGGAGCCCGUGCCCGCUACCAGAAGUCUUACCGUUAAUCUCUCUGUACAUUUUCAUUAAACUGGAGGGAGAAUCUUUC